AUGGAGAAGUUGGAAGUAGGUUGCUAUUACGCUUCAAGAGCUCUUACUCAAGUAAUCGGGAAACAUAGUGACAAUCAACUUUACAUGGCUAAAGUUCAUGGGAUCAUCUACUCUUCUGUUAAAAGUCCUCAUCAUCCCACAUCAAACAGUAACACUCAAGGAUUGGUACCAAAGAAGUUCAGCCAUGGGCAAAGUUCUGUGUUAAAACUGAAGUUAUCAGGAAAGACAAAACUGAAUACAUUUGAAAAAACAAUUAGUUCAGUCACUUCACGUGCUUAUUCUUUCUUAUGUCGUUCAAGAAAAUCACAAACUACAGAAACAGAAGAACGUGUAAACCACAAUGAAGAUUGCUCUGACAAUUUCAGAACUCAAGGAGGACAUGAACAACAUAUGCAUCCAGAAAGAAUUGGCAUCACAAACAAGGCAUUAGCUGAAGCUUGUAAAUAUGCUUACAAUGAUGCUAGAUUUGUAAACGAAAGGGCCAAAAACGACAUUUUCUUACUUUCACGUGGCAUUAUGAGGUUGGAUGCUCGGGCACGCCAAGAUGUUGCUAUUCUUGGUUUAGGAUUUUUAAAACUUGAUGCUCGGGCUAGAGAGGACACUGAAAAAAUUGACAAUAAUGUGAAGAAAAGAGCUGAGCGACUUCAUCACAUUGCCCUUAUUUUAAAAAACAAAGCUGAAUCCAAAUUGAAAAGCGUUGCUGACCGACAUUGGAGUGAUGGAGCUUUAGAGGCUGAUCUCCGUCGUGCUGACUAUAUAGCCAAACAGCGAGCCAUGGAAGAUGCCCUCAUGGCUUUAGAGUUUAUCAAAGAUGUUCAAGACAUGAUGAUGAGCAAGAUGUAUAAGCUGAAAAAUGGUGCUUUGUCAUCUGAUGACAUGGCGGGUCAAAUAACACUUGAAAAGAAUGGGAAGGUUCUAGACUUUUUCCCUGGUGAGGUGUCAACUGAUCGCAUUACUGCUAUUCAGGAGGCUUAUAGGGAUAUGGCAUCUGCACUUUCCGAGGCUGAUGGAAUUGACUAUACUGACCCUGAAGAGCUGGAGUUGUUGGUUGCAACAUUGAUGGAUCUUGAUGCAAUGGAUGGUAAAGGGAGUGUGUCGUUAUUGGCAGAGUGUUCAAGUUCUCCUGAUGUCAAUACAAGAAAAGCAUUGGCUAAUGCUUUAUCAGUUGCACCAUCGAUGUGGACACUUGGCAAUGCAGGGAUGGGAGCUUUACAGAGAUUGGCAGAAGACAGUAACCCAAUGAUUGCAGCUGCAGCAUCUAAAACCAUAUCAGAAUUGAAGAGACAGUGGGAGAUAGAAGAAGGUGACAACUAUAGAUUUAUGAUGAAUCAGAUUCCAUUGCCAAAGUUAGACUACAAAGAUGAUGAUGAUGAUGAAACAGAAGACUAAUAAGGUUGACUUUUAGAAAGAUGAUAUUAAUGUAAUGUAGAUAGAUAUCUCAUAAUUUGUAACAUAUUAAUGAUGCCUAUAGGUUUUACGUCUUUUUAUUUCUACUACUUCCUCCUCAUGGGACGAUGUUCAUUAUGAUUAUGAAAUAUAGAUGGCAUUAUUAUGACAUGGGGUCUAUUAUGAAUAGAAAGGGAACUUAUUUUCAUCCAAAAAUGAAAUAAAAAAAACAUCUCUAGACUCAAUAAAGUUAUUAACAUAGUAUGAAUCAUUAGUUUUAAUUACCAAAAUGAAGUUUAGAUGUUUAGACCUUUUUUUGUGAUUUAAUACUCGUUUUAUUGUCAUUGGUGUAGUAACAUUGACAAUAUGGUGUUAAGGUUGUGCAUUGUAUAUUUGAGGAUAUAUAAUUCUACAUUUAUGUGAAAUAAGCGGAUUGAAUUUAUCCAUCACUUCUCUCCACUCAAUACGGAAAUACAAAUUUGAAAUUUGUUUUUGGUGUGAGAAUCGGUUAUUGAUCUCGAUAAUUAAUUAAGAGAUCUUCUAAUAUGUGCCCUAUAAGCAUAUAUAAGAAGCAUUAACUAAUGAUAAAUAUUACC